AUGCUGACUUAUGGAUCGUCCUCAGCCGGCCACGCGCAACCCCAGGUUUGGGAUGCCUGCGAUUUGAAACUGGCUUCUUUAUGGCAAAUUAAAAUUACCGACGAAGAGAAGGAAGACUGGAAUGGCUACAUCUGGCUCAUUAUCCGUUAUGAGUCAGUCAUACCCAAAGCCAGCUGUGGCGGUGCCCGAGACCCGGAAUAUAAACUACUUCGAGCACAACCGACAAAUCAACGAGCCCGUGGUGAAAUGUUAGAAUAG